CACAGUGACAUCAAACUUAAAACAAAAUCAUAUCGUGAUUCAGAGAGAUGGUCCUUUGCUCGGGUCUAUGGAUGACAUUGAAGCGCAAGGUGAUGCAGAAACCGAAGCGAAACGGCAUUCCCAACCAGAGAUCCAGACCCAAUCCAGCAAGAGUUUUGCCAGAAUCAGAAAUACUACAUCCUUGGGAGCUAUUUAAAGAAUUCACGUACCAAGAAAUCGCUACCGCAACAAACGACUUCAGCCCGGAAUCUUUGAUCGGACAAGGUAGAUUCGGUGCUGUCUACAAAGGGAGGUUAGAAAGAAUUGGACAGAAUGUGACUAUUAAGAAGUUCGAUCCGCAUGGCCAGGAAGGAAAUAGAGAGUUUCUUCUUGAAAGAGUAAUGCUCGCGAUUUUAUGCCACGAAAACAUAGCGCAACUGUUUGGAUAUUGCGUUGAAGGCGGUCGCAUAAUCCUCGUCUAUGCACAUAUGCAUCUUAGAUCGUUAGAAGAUCAUAUCCAUUACUUCACAUCCGAGGAAAAGGCUUUAGAUUGGAGCAUAAGGAUGCAGAUAGCUGUAGGAGUGGCUAAAGGGUUAAAGUAUCUUCACUGUGUAACAAACCCUCCUGUGAUCCACAGCGAUUUGAAAACUGCACACAUAUUGCUAGACCAUGACUUUAAACCAAAGAUCUCUGGUUUUGGGCUUGCCAAGUUUGGUCCGGUUGCUGAUAUGCGUUUUCAUGACUCUACGAGUCUUGUAACUAACGGGUACUGGGCACCAGAGUAUGUUAACAACGGGGAUGAGCUGACACUGAAAUAUGAUAUUUAUAGCUUUGGAGUUGUGAUGUUGGAGCUUAUCACUGGAUGCAAACCUAUUGAGGACUCAUCAUUGGGUCCACAACGUACGCUUGUGGAAAGGACACUGCCAUUGUUCAAGGACGACAACAUGAGGAAGAUUUUAGAUCCGAAGUUAAUAAUAGAAAAUCGUGGCAUGGAAGAAACUGUCAGAAAAGCAGUUGUAUUGGCGUUUAAGUGUCUCAGAGAAGAACCAAACGCUAGGCCAACGAUUAGUCAGGUUGUUGAUGCUCUAGAUGACUUAGUCAAGUUCAUGGCUAUAGAGAAGAGAAAGAGCAGUCAAAAUGGAUGAGAAGAAGAUGAUAAAGAUUAUGAUAGAAAAAGAGGGUUGAAAUUGAAACAAAUGUUUUAAAUGUUUUUUCUUAAACAAUAAUAAGAGUUUUGAUGUCGAAAAAACUCACAUUCUGCGUUGGUUGAAUGUAAUAUUGGCGUUAACUAGUAUUUAAUAUCUAUAAAAAUUUGUUAGAUCAAUUACUUCAUGAAAGAAAUUAAACAAAGGUUUUAAUAUUAUUAUUUAUGAAAUAUUUUUUUCGCUAUGAACCCUCAUGUUAAAAUUUGAAGCGCUAAAAUCAUUGAUAGUUUUAAUAAGUAAAUAAAUUUAUCAUUAUAUUAUAUUAGUAGAAAUUAAUUAUAAUAAUGAAAUUUUCAUUAUCUGUUUCUUUAUAAUAAAAUGUUCAAAUUUAUGAAAUAGUAAGAUAUAUUUGUUACAUAUAUUUUCAAGUAAGAAAAAGAAAUAGAUAAUUAUUCUGAGAUUUUGUUUUUAUAAAGGACCAGAGCAACUAAAUACUAACUAAGGUGGAGGGGUUUAUUCGGAGAUGAAUUUGUGUAAAGUUUGUGAAUUUUAAGAGUUGAUAGAUUUUAAAAGUUAUGUAAAUUAUAAAAAUUUAUAUACAUUGACUUAUGAAAUUUUAUCAUAACUUUUUAGAUUAGUAUAGAUUUUCAUGAAUUUGUAUUAACUAUUUUCUAUCAUUUUUUUGUAAAGUAAAUAUACAAUUUACAAACGAUUAAAAUUAACCCGCGACAAAACAGUCAAAUUAAAAUUGGCUAAACUAUUUUGUUCAAAUUAAAGCGAUAAUAAAUUAAGAUUAAUAAUUUUAUAUUUAUUUAUUAGUUUACAUAACUGACUAUAAACUAAUACAAUAAAAAUAGAUAAAAGAUAAAAAAGAAGUAUUCUAAAAAAUAAAUAAGAUAAUUCAUAUAUAUAGUAUGUUGUUAUCCGAAAGCCAUAUUUUAAAUCAUAAUAGAUAAAAAUAAGAAAUAAAAUGGUAAUUAAAUAUUAAACAACCAUAUGUUUAUAUAUCUUGAUGUAAAAUUGGUCAUAUAUAAAUAAACUGAUUUCCAACUUAUUUUUUGUGAAAAUAAACAAUAAUUUAUCAUACUCAUCUUUAAAUUUAUAAUGCAUGUAUUAAUAAUUAAUCGUAAGAAAAAAUACCCGCAUGUGAGAGAUAAACAUCAAGUAUUUUGAUAAUUAGACACUUAAAGCAAUUUACAAAAUUAAAUUAAAUGACAUAUUAUAAUAUCGAAUGAUAAAAAGUUGUCAUUUAAAUUGAAAAUGGUCCAACUAAAAUUGAAAUAUAUCACAAAUCGUAACUGUAAUAAUAAAAGACCAACUAAUCUAACCAACUCGACAUCAUAAUAGAAACAAACCAAUAUGGUUGGUAUAUAUUUGAGUUAUAAUAUAGUUUUCAUAAAUUUUAUAUCAACUUAAUAGAGUAGAUUUGAAAUGAAAUUUUAUUUCAGUUUGUUUACUCCCAACAAUUUAUGUACUGGUUUCAUAGAUAACCGGUUUGAAAUGAUACUAAACCAGAAAUGUUAUAAACUUAUGUAUAUAAUUGCGAUUUGUACAUUGAUAUACACUACAAAAUCACAUUGGAUCCACCCAAAAUUGGAUAUUAACCAUUUUAAUCCUUUACAAAUUAAUAACCCAACAACCAAAUCUGAAGAUAAUAAUUUUUUUACAUUAUUCUUAAUAUCCUAUAUUUUUAAUACUCAAAUAUUAAAAGGUAUCUAGAUAUAUUCCAGACAUUGUUUAUUAUAAUCCAAAUUUAUAAUUUAUAAAUAUUUUGUACACAUAUUUAUAAAUAACUUGAUAUAUUAAUUGCAUAUUAAAAAUCAAAAGUUUCUACGCUCAGCACGAAUUAAAAUUCUAGCUUGUAUUAAAACAACAUUCAUAAUAAUAUCUAAUACAAUGAAGGUUGUUAAUAAAAGAUAAACUGCAAGUCAGAUUGGUUUUUGGUAUUGUCCUUCUAUAAUUGAAAAUCUUAUGGAAUUUUUAUGCUUCUUUUUCAUAUAUGUAAAAAAGUAAAACAAUACAAUUAGCAAAACCAUUAUAAAUAUACUUAACAAUGUAAUGAAGUAGUUUUUAAAUUUAAUAGUUCUAUUUACAUGUAAUGUUUCUUUAGAAAUUAUAAACUUAAAAUUUAAUAAUAUAUCUGAAAUUUAAAGUUUAAAACCAUAAUUUAUAUAUUUAUUAUUGAAAUUUUUAACUCUGAAUCAUGUUCAACUAUUCCAUUUGUAUGUGCCAUUAGACGACUCUGACAAUUAGAUAUUACAAAGAUAAAAGUAGUUAGGCUGAUUAAAUUCUGAAAAUUGAAUAUCAUGUUAACCCGGAGUCGGAUUAAUUUUUGGUUUUAUCCCUCUAGAAGAUUACUUGGAUUGUAUACAUGCAUGCGUCAACAUCAUAGUAAUCCGGAGUCGGAUUAGUCUUUGGUGUUAUCCUUAUGACUUAUGAGAUUAGUUGGAUUUGGUCCUACAUACACGCUGUCAUUCAUAUUGAAUAUAGUAAGAUAUCUCACUCAAGAGAAUGUAUCUAAUACAGAUUAUUUCCACAAAUAAUUGAUCUUUUACCAUUUUGGUACACCCAUGCACUCAACCUUAGAAUCCCCCUACCACCUGCAUAAGUACCAUUCUUUUCUUAUAAAAGCAGAGUGUUUGUGUAGCUGUUUCCACAGUGACAAAGGAGUCCUCUUCCUCCUUAACGCUCUCAAACCCUCAGCCCAUUUAAUAGCCUCAGAAAACAGCUCUUUUUCUAUAAAAUCUUCAAUCUUCUUCUUCAUUUUCUACUCCUCGUCCAUAUCGAAUGCUCUUUUUUCUUCUCUUUUCUUGUCAUGAACUCAACUAAGACCUCCAGAGCAUCCACUACUUGGCUGAUCGUUGUCCUAGUAUUUGCUUCUUCUCUCAGACAUAUAGACGCCAAUACAAGCGCUCUUCUCACAGCUUCAUCCAUGCACCCGAGUAUGCUAAUAACGGAGACUAUCAUUGAUCAAGGACUACAAUAUGAUGAAGAUUUUAGAUCUGAUGUUAACAAUACAAGGUCUUGGCAUGGAAGAAGCUGUGAGAAGAGCUCUUAUAUUGGCGUUUAUGUGUAUGGGAGAAGAAACAAUCUCUAGACCAAUAAUCAGCAAAGUACUGGACGCUCUGGAGGACCUAGUUAAGUGGCGAGAAAAGAGAAGAAAAAGAGCAUUCGGUAUGGACGAUGAGUAGAAAAAGCUUGAGAAGAAAAUGUAAUUGAAUGUUAUUAAGAAGAAAAUAAAGAUUGCGAUAUAGAAAAAGCUGUUGCUGAGGCUAUGUAAUGGGCAGAGGGGCGUUAAGGAGGAAGAGCAAUGAGCCGCCAGCGCCAGCGCCUUAAAUACAGAAUUGAAGUUGAACAAAUGUUUUAUAUGUAUUUACUUAUUAGUAAUGUUUUUUUUUGUUAAAAAAGCUUUACUUGUUUGUUAUGUUGCUUGGCUAUAAUAAGAGUUUCAUGUCGAGAAAACUCACAUUCGGCAUUGGUUAAAUGUAAUAUUGGCGUUUCAUUGUUGAAGAUAACUAUUCAAUA